AUGUCACAGAAAAUGAAGAAAUCGUCAGCAAAGCCGUCUUCAACGACGGCCCAGCAACAGCCCAGCGGAGCCCAGUCGGUGUCCUCAUCCGCUUCGACCGUAUCGAGCGCCUCGGAAUCCACCGAAACGGCCCUCAGCCCAUCCCGACGUAGCCGAUUGCACGAGAAAAACAGCCUAAUGAACCUGAACGAUCGGCUGGCGUGUUACAUCGAAAGAGUGCGCUACCUGGAGCAGGAAAAUUCGCGCCUUUCGCUUGAACUGACCACCUUCCAGGAAACGGCCGCCCGGGAAGUGUCGGGUCUAAAGUCCAUCUACGAGCACGAGCUGACGGACGCACGCAAACUGCUCGACGAGACGGCCCGUGAAAAGGCGAAAGUCGAGAUCGACGCCAAGCGCUACCUGGAGGAGAACGAACAGCUGCGAACGAAGCUGAACCGUCGCACCAAGGAGCUGAGCGAACUGGAGAAGGAAUCCCGGACGAACGAGUCCCGCUGUAUCGAGCUGACGGCGAGCUACAACACGAUCUGUUCCGAGCGGAAGAAGCUGCAGGACGAGCUGCACGAGGCUGAUAAGGAGACGGAUAAGCUGCGCCGUACGUUCGAGACGAUGCGCAAGGACUACGAGCACGAGACGCUGGUACGCGUGGACCUCGAGAACAACAUCCAGAGCUUGCGCGAGGAGCUCACGUUCAAGGAGCAAGUGCACAGCCAGGAGCUGAGCGAAAGCAAACUGCGCCGGCAGAGCGAGAUCAGCGAGAUCGAUGGUUUUCUGAUGGAGCAAUACGAAACCAAGCUGCAACAAACGCUGCAGGAGCUUCGCGAUCAAUACGAGCACCAACUGCGGCUGAAUCGUGAGGAGAUGGGUGAACUGUUUGAGGGACGCAUUCGAUCGCUCGAGGAUCGGCUGGUACAGGAUCGCACCCGGUACGACGAGGAGAAAGCGAAACUCGAACAAGAACUGGACCGGAUGCGCAACGAGAUGGCCGUACAGCUGAAGGACUACCAGGACCUGAUGGACAUCAAGAUCUCGCUCGACAUGGAGAUCGCGGCGUACGAUAAGUUGCUCUCGUCGGAGGAAACACGCCUCAACAUCACCCCCAACGUGACAAGCACCAGUUCCGGAGCCGGAAUGGCCGCGUUCACCUCCAGUUCACGGCUUUUCCGGACGCCUUCGCUCAAGCGCAAACGCAACAAUCUCGACGAAUCGCUCGACUACUCGGUGCUAACGUCGGCUAAGGGUGACAUCGAGGUGACGGAGUGUGAUCCCGAGGGUCGAUUCGUGCGCAUCACCAACAACUCGAAGCAGGAGUACAAACUGGAUGGCUGGCAGCUGAUCCGACGUCCCACAGAUGCACCAGAGGUGUGCUACCGGUUCUCAAAGUCCGCCAAAAUCGAAGGUAACGGCAUGGUGACCGUGUGGGCAACCGUUGCAAACCGAAAACCGGACCCACCGAUCGAUCUCGUGAUGAAGAGUGCCCUCUGGACGGUCACCGACACGAUGGCAACGGCACUGGUGAACGCGGACGGUGAAGAGGUGGCCCUUGUCGAGCGGCAUCGUACGAUCAAGGCACCGAAGGACAAGUACUUCCACAACGAGAGCGGCAAUCGGCUGGGUGUGUCGUAUUCCGCAUCCGGUGGUCCCAGGCUGUCUCCCUCAACGGCAGGACGAGUGCCGAACAAAAACGAUGAACAAUGUAGGCUCAUGUAG